AUACACAGCCCUGCAGUCCUGUGCGGCACGUCCAGCAUGUUGUUUGCCUGUGCUCUCCUUGCCCUCCUGGGUCUGGCAACCUCCUGCAGUUUCAUCGUGCCCCGCAGUGAGUGGAGGGCCCUGCCAUCCGAGUGCUCUAGCCGCCUGGGGCACCCAGUUCGCUACGUGGUGAUCUCACACACAGCCGGCAGCUUCUGCAACAGCCCGGACUCCUGUGAACAGCAGGCCCGCAAUGUGCAGCAUUACCACAAGAAUGAGCUGGGCUGGUGCGAUGUAGCCUACAACUUCCUUAUUGGAGAGGACGGUCAUGUCUAUGAAGGCCGAGGCUGGAACAUCAAGGGUGACCACACAGGGCCCAUCUGGAAUCCCAUGUCUAUUGGCAUCACCUUCAUGGGGAACUUCAUGGACCGGGUACCCGCAAAGCGGGCCCUCCGUGCUGCCCUAAAUCUUCUGGAAUGUGGGGUGUCUCGGGGCUUCCUGAGAUCCAACUAUGAAGUCAAAGGACACCGGGAUGUGCAAAGCACUCUCUCUCCAGGUGACCAACUCUAUCAGGUCAUCCAAAGCUGGGAACACUACCGAGAGUGAGAGACCUUGAGACCUAGUGAGAAUCCCCCCCCCCCAGCCCGAAAUCCCUCCUGCCACCUGCUUCUUCCCAUUGACCCCCAAUAAAGACUCAGCACC